AUGCCGCCACCACCAAACCCCACCACCGCCAUGCCACCACCAUCAAACCCCACUCCCCCUUCCUCACCGGCGGCGUUUCCCUCCCCUCCCCCACCUUACCCACUGCUGUCGCCACCACCAAACCCGCGUUUCCCUCCCCCUCACUUCCCCCACCUUCCUCAUUCCCCACUGCCGCCGCCACCAAACUCCACUUCGCCUUCCUCGCCGGCGUCGUUUCCCUUCCCCUCACUUCCCCCUACGUUACGGUCAAGGCAACUAGCAACAAUGGGCGCGCCUACUGAUGACUUAACCAAGAAGAUCGAGAGUCUGGUCAGUAAGGUCACUAAUCAAGAGAAAUACUUUGACACCUCAAUGGAAGAUAACCUCAAGGGGAAGGAGAAUCUGCUAGACAAAUUCUCCGCCAAUGAUAUUCCAAAGUUCAAGUCCACCGACAAUCCUAAAUACCACCUAAAGAACUUCAGAGCUACAAUGACCAUCAAGGGGGUCGAACUUGAGCUAUACCCUGUGAGUGCAGCUAUUGCAGAAGUAAAGGCUACAGAAGCACGAUAUCAGUACAAUUGA